AUGAGCUUCCUCUGCAGCCAGGCCAUGGUUAAGGUGAGGAGCACUGUCAUCCAGGAGAAACCUUGGAGGAAAUUCUACUCCUCCUAUGUGGAAGGAGUCAGCUUGAGGAGGUGGAAACAUCCGAUCAGAAUACCUCCCUACAGAGGUGAGGCUGCAGUGAGAACUGAAGAGUCUUCAGAGUUCGACAUCAGCGCAUGUCCCAUCAUGUUUUAUGGACAGAAGUAUGAACAGUUAUAUUUGAACUUGACAAACAACAACAUCGUAAUCUGUUUCAACGGCUUUUACAACCAUCAGACCAGAGCCGACUGUUUGCUGGGGCCUAAAGUGGAGAAGGUGUAUUUUGAGGUUCAUGAUAGAUUUUCCUUGUUAGAAGAACAGAUUCAUGAGAAUGUGCCACACAUCAAGACGAGCAUGACAUGCUACGUGUACUUUGAACUGUGGCAGAACGACUCCGUGGCUGUUUACGUUCUAGUUGAUGAUAGCGUUGUUGAUACGCUGACCGUUACAAACCCCAGUGAUUAUGUUUACAACGCUGCCUACGCAGAUAUAAGUGGCUGCAGGCACUCAGGGCUGGUAUAUAAAGCGGGUGCAGUGGUGUACUCUGUUCCUGAAACCUGUUUCAGUUUCAUCUGUAGUGAGACUGCAGUCCUUCAAAAUUCCAGCUGUGGGCCUCUGGAGCUUUGUCAAGGCAAUGGCAUCUGCUUGUUGGAUGCCAUUUGCACUGUGACGGGCCCUGCUGCCAUCGACUUCUACGGCCGCUUGGACUUUGUACAUGAUCGGUGUGUGUACUCUCUGCUGAAGAUUCCAUCAGUCUCAAAUUUCCAGAUGCUUGCCAAAUUCCAAGAGAGGCGUCGUAAAGAUGUGAGCUUUCUGGACAGUGUGAAGCUGCAACUGAAUGGCAGUUACAUCCACCUGAAGCAAGGCGGCAGAGUUCUGAUAGAUGAAACACCACUGAACUUCAACAGCUCCAUUCAGAUGAAUCAUGGUAUGGAAAUCUCUAAGGACCAAACUGGAGUCACUGUCAAAGUGUCUGUGUCCAACUUCACCAUUUCUGUCUUCUUUGAUGGCUACACCACACAGAUCCACAUUGAAGGAACUGGUGGAUCAUCUCUGCAGGGAUUAUGCCAAAACAGCAGUGAAGCGAGGCUCCCUGAGUACAGCUCCACGAGCUGUGAGACGCUGUAUAACGACACUGAUGACAGAUCCAUAAACUGCACCAAGAUGACUGAACGCUGUAACCUCCUGAAGGAGGCACCCUUCACUUCCUGUGACAUCGACCCAGAGCCCUACAUCACCGCCUGCACAGACACUUUGUCCAGGUAUCCUGCAGUGGACGGUCUCAAGUGUCAGUUCCUGGAGGCCUAUGCCAGAGCCUGCAGCCUGAAGUCCAACACCACACUGGAGGGCUGGAGGUCCAAGACUGAGUCUUCCCCUGAGGCCUUCUGUCAGGACAGGGCCUGCAGCGAUCAUGAGUUCUGUGGAAAGAAGAAUGCUUGUGGAGAAACUCGUUGCUUCUGUCGGCCAAUUUUUGCUUCCAAGUACAAAGAGAGUGACACUUUGGGUAACCCGACCAUCUGCAGGAGGAACGUGGCUUCACUCAGUCUGCUCGGGUGUCUCCUGGAGGAUAAAGGCAUUGAUUACUCUGUCUUACACCUCAACGACCCAACCUGCAGGGGUCGGAUGGAUGAGGAAACUCACCUGGUGACUUUCAGCUUUAGAAGCAACAGAUGUGGGACAGAAGUCACGCUCAACGACAGCCGGAUCAUCUACUCGAACGCCAUCACAAACAAGAACGACUUCUCUGACAUGAUCAUUCACCAUGACCCGGUCAGGAUCGACUUCUCCUGCUACCUGAACCAGCCAGGCAUCAAAUCCAUGGCCCUGACAUACCAAGACAUGCGCUGCUUCACAGACUUUCAGUAG